AUGAAUGCCUCCACUGCUACAACUAAUACAGGUUCACAUCUCCCGGUGGUGGGACAUGGACAAUCGUCGCCUGGAAGGGGCUUCGUUGCGGCCCUCAUAUCCCUCGUGACUUUUAUGCCGCAUGCGCUGUUAUGGAUCAUUGCAUUCUGUACCAUUACGCUGCCGACAUGGUUGUUCACUCUGUUUUCGAUGAGUUUGACCUUUACCAUGAAUUUCACCACCCUACUCGUCAUCUUCGUCGCCGUGGUCUCGACCGUCAGUUGGUUCAUCCGCUACCGUUUCCUCAACUACUACACACACCUGCCUCAAGAGCCACAGCGGAAAGAACCGCAGAUCGAUUUGUUUCCGGACACACAAGAUGGAGACUCGAAGCCAGGGCUGGCCAACUAUCUGGACGAAUUUCUCAGCGCGAUCAAGGUGUUUGGGUACCUGGAGAGGCCCAUCUUCCACGAAUUGACGCGGACGAUGCAGACUAGGAAGCUGAUUGCGGGGGAGACAUUGCUGCUCGAGGAAGAGAAAGGCUUCUGUUUGGUGGUGGACGGGCUGGUCCAGAUAUUUGUCAAAUCAUUGAGAGACUCGCCCGACGGCACCAGUACGGGCCAGAUUGACUUGUUCGACGAGGACGAGGGGUAUCGGGAAGGCAAUCAGGGCUAUCAAUUGUUGACCGAAGUUAAGAAUGGAGCGUCAAUGUCCUCUUUAUUCUCCAUCUUGUCCUUGUUCACCGAAGAUGUCAAGCUGCGCCAUGACGACCAGAUGCCCAAUGGCACGCAGUUUACCAACCACGUCACCCGCACGCCCGAGUCGAACGUUGUCAGCCCGAUCAUGGAUCCACCGACGCCCGGAUCAGCCUUCGCGGGGGGCGGUCUGAGCGACACCCAGAAAGCCAGGCUGCCCAGCGUUCCGCCAUUGACCCUUGGAUCUGCCUUUGAUGAACAUCACUAUAAGAAACCGAAAUUGUCGGUCUCUGCGCACCCGGAUAUUGUGGCGAGAGCCGUGGUUGAUACCACGAUAGCCAUCAUCCCAGCAAGCGCAUUCCGCCGCUUGACUAGAGUGUACCCCAAAGCCACCGCCCACAUAGUUCAGGUGAUACUGACACGGCUGCACCGAGUGACGCUGUCGACUGCGCACCAGUACCUGGGCCUGACCUCGGAGGUCCUGCAAAUCGAGAAGCUGAUGAAUAAAUACACCAGCUAUGAUCUGCCCAACCACCUCCGCGGCCACGCCCUUGACAGGUUACGGGACAAGUUUGCCAAAGAACGAGAGAGAAUUGGUCCCGAAGAAGGGACCAAGGGAAUAGCAUUACACAAUCCGACGGCAGGUCGACGGAGAUCCUCAAGCGGACUUCGCAGAGAUGCCGCGACCAUAGCCCGGCUCAAUGCAGCCAAGGGCGCUGUCUCUUCGUCACCCCUGAAUUCUGUCCGGCCGGGACUGGGCGACAGAAAUGUCAGCUCCGGUGACUUGCACGGCGCGUCGAGGCCGAGCCAAAGACCAACCAGCCUUCACUUGCGCUCCACCUCGAAUUGGACCAGCAUGGGAGCUCCUGACGGAUACCGGAUGGAUUUGAGUCCGAUGGGGACCCGAGAACCACAACCGUUUCGGCCUUCUUCCUUCGGCAACGAUCUCCCGCACAGACAGGACUCGGUUCAUGAAGACAGCUUGUUUCGUGAGUCCGUGCUCGAAUGCAUGGCCAAGGCUCUCGGACUGAGUGAAACGGUCACCCAGGCUUUGAAAGGGGCGCCCGUCUCGGUCGAGCAGUCUCCACGGCUGGUGUCGUACGACGCGAAACGCCAAACGGCCAUUUUCAACAAUGCCUUUGGCUUCAUUGACCCCUACGAAGGCUCGGUCGAUGGCGAGUCUGAAUCGGUGACGACGUCGGUAGCCAGUGUUGGUGGGCCGCUGAACAGCCGGACUCUGAGCGAAGAGUUGAUGGACGACGUCGAGAUCGUGUUUUUCCCAAAGGGCUCUGUUUUAGUCGAGCAAGGCGAACGGAAUCCCGGUCUUUACUAUGUGAUCGACGGCUUCUUGGAUGUCAGCAUUCCCGUCGAAGAGAAAGAGGAAAAACACGAACCGGAGGAUCGCCACCGGUCACGGAAAGGCUCGCGAGACGACACAUUUCCACGUCUUCGCAGAACUAAAACCUCCACCUCCCGUACCCAAUCGACCGCGGGCUUCCCGGGUCAACCUAAAGAAAACAAGAGAAUGGUGCAGAGGACAUUGUUUUUGGUCAAACCGGGUGGCAUUGCUGGCUAUGUGGGGACCCUGUCAUCCUACAGAUCGUUUACCGAUGUGACGGCCAAAACGGACGUCUAUGUGGGUUUUCUGCCUCGAUCGGCAUUGGAGAGGGUCGCUGAGAAGUAUCCCAUUGUCCUCCUGACGAUGGCAAAACGACUUACCAGUUUGCUCCCGAGGCUGAUCUUGCACAUUGACUUCGCUCUCGAAUGGGUACAGGUCAAUGCCGGUCAGGUCAUCCAUCACCAAGGAGACGAUAGCGAUGCCAUCUACAUUGUCCUCAACGGCCGACUGAGGGCAGUGCGCGAGCUCGAGGGGGGGACCAUGCGGGUGACAGGAGAGUACGGCCAAGGCGAAAGCAUCGGCGAGUUGGAAGUGAUGACCGACGGGACGAGGCCGGCCACCCUCCACGCUAUACGUGACACAGAACUGGCCAAGUUCCCGAGAAGCCUCUUUAAUAGUCUGGCGCAGGAGCACCCCAAUAUCACCAUUCAGAUCUCGAAGUUGAUCGCCCAGCGGAUGCGAGCGCUUAUCGAAGCCCCGCUGACAGACAAGGGUCCGGAGAGGAAGAGAGCGGCAUUGAGCGACUCAAGCACGUCGACCUUGAACCUCCGGACGAUCGCGGUGUUGCCGGUGACGGCGGGAGUGCCGGUGGUUGAAUUCGGGAAUCGUUUGCUCGCCGCAUUAAGCCAGACCGGAGUGCCCAGUGGCGUUACUCUGCUGAACCAAGCCAUCAUUCUCAGCCACCUCGGCCGUCACGCCUUCAAUCGAAUGGGUCGCCUGAAGCUGUCACAGUACCUCGCCGACCUCGAAGAGAAAUUUGGGAUGGUCCUCUACAUCGCAGAUACCAGUGUCAACGCUCCUUGGACCCAAACUUGCAUAUCUCAAGCCGACUGCAUCCUGCUGGUGGGCUUGGCUGAGAGCUCACCGAGCAUUGGGGAGUACGAACGGUUCCUCCUGGGAAUGAAGACGACCGCCCGGAAGGAUCUCGUCCUGCUCCACGUCGACCGAUAUUCGCAACCAGGCUUGACGAGGAAGUGGAUCAGCAAUCGAAUGUGGAUCAACGGUGGUCACCACCAUAUCCAGAUGGCAUUUCGUGUGAGCCCGGAGGCCACGCCGCAUUCGCCUCCGAGGAAGUUCGGGUCAGCCCUCAAGCAAAGUGUCCAGGUCAUUCAGGCGGAGAUCCAGAAGUACACCUCUCGCCGAGUCCGCCAGGCUCCCCUGUUCUCGGCCGACACGCCUUUCAAGGGCGACUUGCAUCGACUUGCACGACGACUCUGCGGCAAAUCUGUCGGGCUGGUGCUCGGUGGGGGCGGCGCACGCGGUAUUGCACACAUUGGGGUCAUCCGGGCUCUCGAAGAAGCAGGCAUCCCCAUCGAUAUCGUCGGUGGUACCUCGAUCGGUGCAUUCUUGGGGGCGCUCUAUGCCCGCGAUGCUGACGUGGUGCCUAUGUACGGCCGCGCGAAGAAAUUUGCCGGUCGGAUGGGCAGCAUGUGGCGGUUCGCUCUCGACUUGACCUAUCCCUCGGCGGCAUAUACCACCGGUCACGAGUUCAACCGGGGCGUGUUCAAGGCUUUUGGGGAUUCGCAGAUCGAAGACUUCUGGCUGCCGUUCUACUGUAACACGACCAAUAUCAGCAAAUCUCGUGCGGAGAUUCACACUUCGGGCUAUGCGUGGAGAUAUGUGAGGGCGAGCAUGUCCCUUGCCGGCCUGAUCCCGCCGAUCUGCGAUGAAGGCAGCAUGCUCCUCGACGGGGGAUACAUUGACAACCUCACGGUCCAGCACAUGAAAUCGCUCGGCACCGACCUCGUAUUCGCCGUCGACGUCGGCGCCGUGGACGACGAUACUCCGCAAGAAUACGGCGACACGCUCUCCGGGUUUUGGUCGUUGCUCAACCGCUGGAACCCGUUCUCCUCGAUCCCCAAUCCACCAACCUUGUCCGACAUCCAAGCUCGCCUCGCAUACGUUUCGUCGGUCGACGCACUGGAACGUGCCAAAGCUACCCCGGGGUGCAUAUACAUGCGACCUCCCAUCGAAGCGUAUGGGACGUUGGAGUUUGCCAAGUUUGACGAGAUAUACGAGGUCGGAUACAGUUACGCCAAGGAGUUUCUGUCGCGAUUGAGGAAUGACGGCCAGUUGAACGGCAUUAUUGAUGCGUGGGUGGACGCAAGUGACGAGGAGGGCAAGAAGAUGCUGCGGGCCAUGGCGCCGAGACGGGCGAGUGUUUGA